UCCGAAUGCUGCUGCACUUCACUAGGUUAUGUUUACAUGUUGAAUGAUAUGAUAGCGUGUUGUCUGCUCAAUUGAUACUGUUCUAUCCAGCAUCCAUGCAGUCGGGCCCAACAUGGAACACUACAUCGACACGCCGGCGCAAACUAACGAUGGCUCCUUCUACACAAAUGGAGAGCGACUCGACGAUAUGUCACCCGAAAAAUCCUUCCAAGUCCCUGGUCUCAACGGCGACCUUCACACAAAGAGUUACGGCAUGAACCUCAAGACUCCCCGAGCUGGAACGCGCGAAGUUCUACGGCCUCUUCCCAAUGGCAACCCCGGUCGGACGGAGUUUACACCAUUCUUCAAGAGUGCGAGCAAGACCAACAUUGCGCGCCGGCUGUCUAGCAGGAAGAGUAGAGUGUCUGGGACGCCGUCAUAUCUCAAGGGUGGCCAGACGCCUGGUCUACCACGACUGAGCGACCUUUCGCGUCUGGAUGGCGAAAACACAUCGAGCUCGGCCGGCAAUGCUGUUGACGAUACACCUCUGCCACAGCACGCUACCAGCAGCGUCAGAAGCACUCCUCUCGCGCAACUACCUGGACGCGAUGGUGGACUUGUUAAUGACGGGAAUAUGAUGACACUGCGAGAGCAAGAGAGCAUAAUCGACAAGAUCGAGAAAGAGAACUUCGGCUUGAAGAUGAAGAUACACUUUCUGGAAGAGGCGUUGUCAAAGAGAGGGAAUGAGUUCAACCAUGCAGCAUUGAAAGAGAACACUGACUUGAAGGUCAACCGUGUGACAAUGCAACGCGAACUUCACAAAUUCAAGAAGAACAUUGCGCAGGCUGAGAAAGAGGCGGAGAUCUACAGGUCGCAGCUCGAAGAAUUCAAAGAGCGCAUUAGGCGAAAGCAAAUGGACGAGAGCCUGCGGAUAGAGAUGGAGAGUCUUCGAUCAGAAUUAAAGAGCAAAAAUCAGCAGAUUUUCGACUUGCAAACCCAGCAAGACCGUGCAGUCACCGAAGAGCAGUCUGAAGUCGACAAACUUCGAAGUGAACUUGAAGACUUGCAGGCCGAUCUACGUGAGAAAGAGCGCGCACUUGACGAACGAGACGACCAGAUUGACGAGCUCAAAAUGAAGGCCAGCAAAGAAUCCAACAGUGCUGCUGAAGUUGAAGAUGAGCUGGACUCGGCAAGGCAGGAAGUGGAAGACCUAAAACACGACCUCGAACGGGCCAAAGCUGAUGCACAGGAGGCCAAAGAAGAGAAGGAAGAAGCUCUGGACGAGAAGCGGAGGGCUGAAGAGGACCUGGAUGAGCUUCGCGAUGAAAUGGCCAACAAGUCAUUCACGACCAAGGGCCUCAGUCGACAAAUGGAAGAGAAGGCCAACAAACUCGGAGAUGACUUCGAGGACCUCCAGGAACGAUAUGACGCGCUUCAAAGCCAGCUGAACGAGAAAUUAGAGUCUGAGAGGCAGCUUCGCGACAGAGUCCGAGAAAUGGAAAAGGAAGGAGCAUCUGAUGUUCGCCAGUCACAACAAGAGCUCCAAACGUCGCAACAACAGCGUGAGACUCUGGAGCGAAAGUUGACCAACAUGGCCAAACAGUUGGAAGCAGCCGAGAAAGAACUCCAGAUCAAGGUCGAAGAAAAGGAUUUGCUCCAGACGCGUCAUGAUGCUUUGACCAAGGAGUCUGCGGAGUUACAAAAAGACCUCAGCAGGUCUCAAAAAUCAGUUCACGAGCUUGAAUCUGCGAUAGACGAGGAGCGUCGGAUUUCUGCUCAGAACGAGAAUAAUUUGCGAACCCAGCAUAAGAAUGAGCUGGAUCUCUUGAAUGAACAGAUUGAUGGGCUGCAUCGUGAAGUCAACGCAAAAGAGAACGAUCACGCUGCUGAUCUGGAAGAAUGGGAGUCACAGCGACGAGCGCUCGAAGCAGUCUCCCAGAAGGCAGAAGAGAAAGCCAAAGGGCUACAGCGUACAGUGGACAAACUUCAGGAUGCUCAAGGCACGCUCUCCGGACGCGAAAUGAAGGUGCAAGAAGCGAUGGAAAGUGAGAAGCACCGCCAUCAGCAGGAAGAGAAAGUCUUGUCGAGACAAAUCGAAGAACUUCAACAAGAUCUGCUCGCCAAGCGAAUUGCCACAGACGACGUCCGAAUGGAACUCAACAAUGCUAGAGAGGAGCUUCGUAUCUCGAUCCGCGACCAAGCAGCACUGAAGGAGAAGGUAGCUGAGCUCGAAGAGGAGAUUGAAGUACUUCAAGCAGACAUCGAGCAAGAACAUGAAUUUGCCGAGAGUCGACAGCAGAAAUACUCAGCCAAUGCAGAUGCUCAGGUCCUCAAAUUACGCCAGGAAAAGCAAACUUUGCAGGAACAGCUGACCAAUGUCAAACUCGAGUUGCAGAACACAAAGUCAUCACUAAAAGUUGCCGAACAGGAUCGCAACAAAUUGGAGGCCAAGCUCCUCGACGCGCAGAAGUCGAACGAUGAUACUUUCAAUGUCGACCAGGAGAAGCGCGAGCUUAAGCGAUUGAAGGUCAAGCUUGAGAAGGAUGUAGCACGUCUGACGACAGAGCGCGACAAUCUGUCUGAAACGAAUAAUUCACUCGAAGAGGAGAUCAACGUGGAGUUCGAAAGAGCCAGCAAAGAAGAAAAUCGUCUCAAUGCGGAAAUUGACACUCUUCGAGGUCAAAAAGCCACCAUGGGAGAGAGCAAAGACCGAGAGUUGGCUUCUGCGAAGAACAAGCUCGCUCGACUGGAAUCCAAGAUCAAAGACCUCGAAGGCAUGUUGAACGAUCGAUCAAGGGUUGUCGGAUCCCCCGUAGGCGACCUAUCCGGCCUCACGCGCGAUCUCAAUGCAGCACGACAGAAUGAAACGACUAUUGCCAAGCGAGAGGUGGAGUUGAAAUCGGCCAACCGCGAUCUAAAGAUGAAGAUCAACGAUCUCGAACGAGAACUGCAUGAAGUGAAACUUGCACAAUACAAGGCCAAGUCUCCGUCGGUGUCGCCUCCUCCGUCGCAUUCGAAGGAGCUGGCCAAAUCCCGCCAGGAUCUUAUCGAUGCGCAAGCCGAAAACAAGCUCCUGAGCGCCGAAAACCGCGACUUGAAGCGUGCAGGCCGCAAAGCAUCUGUGAUCGAAGAUGAACUUGCAGCCCUACGAUCAACGAUCGAGGCUCGUGCAGCAGAGCUUGAGUCUCUGAGUGCUAAACUUGCAGAGCGAAACGACCUGGUAGAAGAUCUGCGAGAACAACUUGACCAUGUUCGCAAGUACCAAGAAACAGAAGACAUGUCACUGGACGUUCGUAAAAGUGACAAGCAAAUCAGCGACCUGAAAGCGCAGAUUCAACGCUUGCGCAAGGAGCAAGAGGAAGUCAAUGAUGUGUCGAUGCGUCUCUCCGUACGUGACGGUGAGGCGCGCCAAAUGAAAUCCCAGCUUCGACGCCUACGCGAAGAGCGCAGCCUGGCCAACAAGCAGGCCGAGGAGGUAGAGAACCAGCUGGAGGUGCUGCAGAGCAAGUACGAAAACAUGCUUGAAAAGUUGAGCUCGGGUAAAUCCAGCAAAGACGAGAUCCGACAGAAGGAGAUGAGAGGCUUGAUCAAAGAGAUCACGUGGCUGAAGGCCAGAUGCAAGCGGGAAGAGCGUCUUCGCAAAGACCUCGCUUGGAGUAAGGGACUGCUUGCACAGAAUGAGGCGAUGAGGGUGCAAUGUAACCAGAUUGACCUCCGCAUCCUGGGCGAGAUGGGUGUUAUGCUGGAUAGGAGCAAGUACAACACCAAGUUGAGGCCUGUACAGAAGUUCCGCGCGGGCGUUUUCGCCGUCAUUGCCGCCAUCCGAAUGAGUAAUAUGGAAGAGCAGUGGAGAGAUGCCAGGCUUAUUGGAGAGGAGUUGAAGCAAGCUCGGGCUAAGGCUAAUCAGGGCCGGUCGAGGGUUAGAGUCCUGGAAGUGUAAGCGAUUGAGGUACUGGUAUGCAUUUUUAGGCAGAGGACUGCGUUUGAGCAUGGUGUUGCAUUGCGAGGUGUUGGUGGUGUUGGCUUGUCGCGGCUUUGGAGGCGCAUAGCGACUUCAGUCUGGACAAUUUUACGAUGUUAUGAAUGUCAACAACGCACCGUCGACGGCGCCAUGAGGUGCUUCGACCUUCUUAUUCUUGUAUCUCUUUCUGACCUCUUUUCACAUUGACCCAACAUAAUGAGCACUGAGCAGACAUGGCAAAGGAUUGCAAGUCGAGGAUCGUAGGUUAAAGGUGAUUAGAUUGUACGUCAAGGUAUAAUUAAUAUACCUGAAAUCAUGACUAAA